UAUCAGCUCGAGAUAAUACGACCGAGAGGGGGUCUUCGUUUUCUUCUUCUUCCUCUUCUUCUUUUCCUUCUUCUUCUUCUCUGGCGUUUGUGUUUGUGAUAAGGAGGAGGAGGAGUAAAGGAGGAAGAGGAGGAGGAGGGAUGGAUGGAGGGAGGGGAGCCAAGAACCCCGUCGCGUUUUGACCCUCCGAAACCUCCCCACACACCGCCACUACCAACACCACCACCAUCACCACAACUACUACUCCUCCUCCUCCUCCUCCUCCUUCCCCUCCUCCUCCUCCUCCUUCUUCUUCUUCUUCUUCGCUCCUCUUGAGUCUGAAAACACCAUCGCUCAUUCCCAGCCGUGACAUUUUCCAGCCUGUCGCCGUGUGCUGCGCGGACAGCGAGCACAAGGAGCCAAAAAGGAAGGGACGCUUUUCUCUCCCCCUGUCUCCCGCAGCACCGAGCAUCCCGAGGCUCUGCGAGCCGGAGCGAGAGGCGCACCAGUCGGAGACGAGGCGCUGCAGGAAGCCGCUGCUCCCUUUCUCCAGGGUUUCUGGACUACACCGGACCCGGCCCCGGACAGGACUGGAUACGGCGAAUAUUUACGUCUCGGACCCUCCAGGGACAGAGGAAGGGAGCAAAGCUCGCUGGACUAGCCGAGCAGCGCAUCAUCAUCUCCGGUGUAGGACUGGCUGUCGAGUCGCAUGGAGAAGAGGUAUGAAGAGCUGGUGCACUACUCAGGGUCGGAGGGCAUGUCGGUGGGGGGGUACGGGGAUGAUGUCAGGCCGCUUCAUCCCCCACAGUACGGACCCACCAUCCCCGACUCCCUCAAACACCACAAAGACCAGAUCUAUGGUCACCCACUGUUUCCACUGCUGGCCUUAGUGUUUGAGAAGUGCGAACUGGCCACCUGCUCCCCUCGAGACUCCGCCUCUCUCUCAGCCACUUCCCACCUCCCCGGCAUGACCAAUCACAGCGACGUCUGCUCCUCGGAAUCCUUCAACGAUGACAUCGCUGCCUUCGCUAAGCAGAUUCGUUCAGAGAAACCCAUAUUUUCCUCCAAUCCUGAGCUGGACAACUUGAUGAUCCAGGCCAUACAAGUUCUUCGCUUUCAUUUACUGGAGCUAGAGAAGGUGCACGACCUGUGCGAUAACUUCUGCCAUCGCUACAUCACCUGUCUGAAGGGCAAAAUGCCCACAGACCUGGUCCUGGACGAUCGGGAGGGCGGCUCCAAGUCUGACAUGGAGGACUUCACCGGAUCGUGCACCAGUCUGUCAGAGCAGAAUGCAUCAUGGCUUCGGGAGCCAGAUGAAUGUGCCUCUACUCCUCUGGGAACUCCAGGCACCUGUGGCCUGCCUUCACACAGCACAGCAGACAACUGUAGCGACACAGGCGAUGGUCUGGACGGAGGAGUGGCCUCCCCCAGCACAGGAGAGGAGGAUGAGUCUGACAGAGACAGGAGGAACAACAAGAAGAGAGGGAUCUUCCCCAAAGUGGCCACAAACAUCAUGAGAGCGUGGCUCUUCCAGCACCUGUCGCACCCGUACCCAUCUGAGGAGCAGAAGAAGCAGCUGUCGCAGGACACGGGACUGACCAUCUUACAGGUCAACAACUGGUUCAUCAACGCCAGGAGGAGAAUAGUGCAGCCGAUGAUUGACCAGUCAAAUCGCUCAGGUCAGGGUGGACCCUACAGCCCAGAAGGAGCGGCUCUUGGGGGCUACGGGCUUGACGGACAGGCUCAUCUCGGUCUUCGAACGGCAGGUCUCCAGGGGAUGUCUUCUCUGCAGGGUGACUACCCCAGCGCUCUUCUGUCCCAGCCCGGGUACCCUCCCCACCCAGGACCUUCCCUCCACCCGUACCCGGGCCCACACCCCCACCCCGCCAUGCUGCUCCACCCACCGCCACACGCACACCCCGCAGAGCCGCUUCUCGCGCAGGGACUGGACAUACACGCACACUAGCUGUAGGAGGAGUCGCAGUGUGUGUGUGUGCGUGUGCGUGGGAAGGAAAAUUACUGUAUGAAUGUGUGUGUAUGGUGAGAUAUGUGUGUGUGUGUGUGUGUGUGUGUGUGUGUGUGUGUGGCUGUGUAUGUGUAAUGACGUACACAGUACACUAUUUAAAGAAAAAAAGACACAUUGCUCCGAAAGUUUACAUUCCCCACUGAAAGACACUGACCUCUAUGUAGCUGUUCCACUCGCUAACACACACACACACACACACACACACACACACACACACACAGAGACAUAAACAUUACACUUACACACAUACAGACACACACACACAGUCUGGACCCACAGGUUUAAGCCAUACCUCUUUCAGAGUAGAAGUGCUUCCUCCUCUCCCAAAUGUUUCCACUGUGUCCUGUGGGUGAGACACAUGCUUUAAACUACACUUCCCAUCAUGCCUGCUGAACCCCAGGAAGACGCUCCGUUGGAUCAGAGAGAUGAAUAUUUAUCCCCAAACUUUUUACAACAGCACAUGGACGUUACCUGGUGGGACUUGAUCCUGUGAACACGCCUUCUUCACUGCUCCCUGUCUUCCUGCACACGUUGACUGUCAAAGACACACACACACACACACACACACACGCACGCAUGCACGCACGCACGCACGCACGCACGCACACACACACACACACACACACACACACA